CUCUUCCUCCUCCUCCUCCUCCCCCUCCUCCGCCUCCUCCUCCGCACCCACCGCCCCCGCCUCGGCCUCGCCGCCGCGCCUCCACAACGCCCCGACCGGCCCGCAGCGCUCGGCGAUCCGGCGUUCGGGUCUUUGUAAGGCCGUUUCUUUUCUCAUUCGCUGAUCUGCCAGGAAAAGAGACUCGCUGUUGGCGCUUCGGCCUCUUGUUCAUUGAGAAAAAAAAAGGAAAUACUCCGCGUGCGCGUCUAGAAGAGGGGUCGUCUCCAGCGCUGAGCCCGAGUGUUCAGCGGCUGGGGGGACUUGGCUGCGAAUUUUCCGCUCGGUUUUUCUCCUCCGAUUGCUCGGAAGCUGCACCGGAGCAGAGUUUGGGCAGACGGGAAGAAAGUUUGCAUCGGGACUGGACUUAUUUGCACAUCGCAGAAAGAAGAGAAUCCAAGGGAGAGGGGUUGGUGCAAAGCCGCGAUCACGGAGUUCCGAUGUGUUCUAAGCCUGCCGGAGUGACCACACUUCCAAGACCCGAUGGAGACCAGAGCUCAGAGUGCUAAUGGGUCGCAGCCUUUGCUGCAGGCACCCCGAGACGGUGGCAGGCAGCGAGGGGAGCCCGACCCCAGAGAUGCCCUCUCCCAGCAGGUACAUGUGCUGUCUUUGGAUCAGAUCAGAGCCAUCCGAAACACCAAUGAGUACACGGAGGGGCCCACUGUGGUCCCCAGACCCGGGCUCAAGCCUGCUGCUCCUCGCCCCUCCACUCAGCACAAACACGAGAGACUCCACGGCCUGCCUGAGCACCGCCAACCUCCUAGGCUCCAGCACUCGCAAGUCCAUUCCUCUGUGCGGGGAGCCCCUCUGUCCAGGUCCAUCAGCACAGUCAGCUCAGGGUCGCGGAGCAGUACAAGGACAAGUACCAGCAGCAGCUCCUCUGAACAGAGACUGCUGGGAUCGUCUUUCUCCUCGGGACCACUUACUGAUGGGAUAAUCCGAGUGCAGCCCAAAUCUGAGCUCAAGCCAGGCGAGCUAAAGCCCCUGAGCAAGGAAGAUCUGGGGUUGCACGCCUACAGGUGUGAGGACUGCGGCAAGUGCAAAUGUAAGGAGUGCACCUACCCGAGGCCCCUGCCAUCCGACUGGAUCUGCGACAAGCAGUGCCUUUGCUCGGCCCAGAACGUAAUUGACUAUGGGACUUGUGUGUGCUGUGUGAAAGGUCUCUUCUAUCACUGUUCUAACGAUGACGAGGACAACUGUGCUGACAACCCGUGCUCUUGCAGCCAGUCUCACUGUUGUACACGAUGGUCAGCCAUGGGUGUCAUGUCCCUCUUUUUGCCUUGUUUAUGGUGUUACCUUCCAGCCAAGGGUUGCCUUAAAUUGUGUCAGGGUUGUUAUGAUCGGGUGAACAGGCCUGGAUGUCGUUGUAAAAACUCCAACACAGUUUGCUGCAAAGUUCCCGCAGUCCCACCCAGGAACUUUGAAAAACCAACAUAGCAUUAUUAAUCAGGAAUACUAUAGUAAUAAGGAUUUUUUUUUUUUUAACACGCAGAUGCAACCAACUAAACAGUUGUAAUCUUGGCACUGUUAAUAGAGGGUUGGGAUAUUCUUUGCUGUUUGCAGUGAGAUGCUUUUUGU